AUGGUUGUUGUCUUGGACUGAAGGCUGCAGGACGAGGUCGUCGAAACUAUUUCGGAUAUAAAAGCAGCGGGGGUGAAGGUGUGGGUGUUGACGGGUGACAAGUUGGAGACAGCGAUUAGUAUUGGCCACAGUUGCAGCCUGCUGACAGACAGGACUUACAACGCAGUUGUGGAUGGGAAGAGCGAGGAAGCAGUUAGAGAGCAGCUGCAUCAGUACAUGAGCUACAUCGUUGCGGCACAGCUGGCAUCUGAUGCAUUCGAGAUGAUUGCUUUGAAGUCUCUGCAGCAUCGGCCUUCCGACGUGAGCGAGGACGCACGGAGCAUUUCUGCUGGUCAGAGACAGCAACAGCGGUGUAAGGGAUUUUGCAACAAAUCUCCCGCCGUCUGUUUUCGCAGUCCUGUGACCGAUGGCGAACAGGCUGCGGUGUUCAGACACCGCCGGGCAGAGCCUCCCACCAUCCCUUGGGAUUCUUUCGUCAAAAUUCUCACGUUUAAUGCCACGAAGAAGGUCGUCAAAGCGGAUCCGAAACAGCGACGGAACAAGCGUCUAUCUCCACAUCAGGUGGAAGACAUCGUACAGGAGUACUUAGAGCACUUUGAGCGAUUCAGCGAAGAGGGCAAGGCUAGGGAGAGGAAGACGAAGAAGGACGCAGCGAAGAAGAGGCCUCAUGCUCGCUCGAGGAGCCGGAAAAGCGAUUUCUCUCAGGAGGAGUCGGCAGAUAGGGGAGACACUGCCGAAGGGAUGGUCGUCGCUGCCACGAUAUCUCCGCAAAAAGAUCCUCCCCAGCUGAGACAUGCCGUGAUGACAGCCACAGAAACGGAGGAGGAUCAGCAGCUGCUCUCGCGCACACCCACAGACAAGAGCACUACAGUCAGGGAACAUGAUUCGAAAAGUUCUAGAGAUAUGCCCGCAGUACAGGGCUUUCAAGAAUGUUCUAUCACCAUAACGGGGGAGGCAUUGACGCACGCGUUGUCUUCUGCAGAGAACAGGCGGUACUUUUAUGGUCUCGCAUCUCUCUGCAACACCCUCAUCGCGUGUCGUGUCUCGCCGAAGCAGAAAGCCGAAGUGGUGCAUUACUGCCAAAGGUAUCAAAGCAACACGGUUUCUCUAGGCAUUGGAGAUGGCGCAAACGACGUGGGAAUGCUCAUCUCCGCAAACGUAGGGGUUGGCAUUCGAGGCAAGGAAGGAUUGCAGGCGGUGCGAGCGGCGGAUUUCUCGAUUACUGAAUUCAAGUACCUCAAGAACCUCCUGUUUUGCCACGGGGCAGAGGCGCUCCGUCGAAAUUCUUUUCAAAUUUAUCAGACGAUUUGGAAGAACGUUGUCUUCGGCGUUGCGGAUUUCUUUUAUGCCUUUGUAUCCGCGUGGUCAGCGUCAGAUAUUUUCAAUUCAUGGCUCAAGCAGCUCUUCAACGUGCUGUACACCACGCUGCCUGUUGUUCUUUACUCCAUCUUCGACAGACAGCUGCCCAUGGAGGUGACUCUGCAAACACCUGUGCUUUAUCCAGCAUACGCAAAGCUAGGCGUCCAGCGGUUCGCUGGUGCCGGCCUGUUUUGGAGAUGGUUUGUAUACGCGUUGUUUACAGCCUGUUGUUGCGUUUUUGUGCCGCUUUACGGCCUUGGUUGGGGUAUUGGAAACAGCCAAUCCGAGGGGCACCUUUCUUUGAGCGUCAGAUUCCAGGGCACUGUUGUUUUUUGGACGAUUAUUAUGGUGUGCAACUUAAUCGUCAUCCCCUACCUGCAUACGUGGUUCUGGUUCAUAUGGCUGGCAGUCUUCUUAGACUUUGGCUUUUGGUUUUUGUCUGUUGGAAUUUGUCCCAUUGUACCCGGAGAUUACUGCCCGGAUCUGUAUGGGGCGUUGCGUGCCACGCACUCCCUUAGCAGAUUCUACUUCUCCGUCUUCCUCGCCGUUGUUGUUGCGCUGAUGCCUCCUUUCAUCAACUGGUUUUACGUGACCAUGUUUCGGCCAUCUGCUCAGUGCAUCAUUCGGGAACGGAUUGCCAUGGGUGUUUUCGACGUGGUAGUGGCACCGAGAGGCGGCCCUAAAACCGUUGUCGUAGUCCCCAAGACAGGAAGCGAGGAGUGGAGAGGAUACGCAUUUGCUGAGCAGGACCGCACGCGUCUGGGGCAUCACCGCCUUUCUAUGUUGCGCUACACUUCUAAUGCAACUGCACAAGCAGCAGCAGCAGCAGAAGCAGCAGCAGCAGCAUAAGCAGCAGCAGCAAAAGCAGCGCGGUAG